AGGCGUGGGGCUGACGGGACGGACCGGGCGGCCGCGGAGCGAGCUGAUUUCAAACCCCCCCCCACCCACCACCUGUUUUUGCUGAAGGAACCGUUCUUUGCUGGCCUAGUUCCAGAAUGUCAAGUCCUGUAUCCUACUGGAUCUUAAAUUCUGCACGGAACAGCAUUGCCACAUUGCAAGGGGGCCGACGUUUAUACUCCAAGUGUGCCUCAAAUAGGAACAAGUCAAAAUGGAGGCUUUUUUCCCAGGUACCAACCACCCUAAUAAACGAGACUCCUGGGGGUAACUUGGUUCUGCCGAGAGCCUACAGACACACAUCAACAGAGGAGGAGGAUUUCCACUUGCAGCUCAGCCCAGAGCAGGUGAAUGAAGUACUGCGAGCUGGAGAGUCAGCCCACAAGAUUGCUGACCUUACUGGUGGUGUCCUGAAUUCGGUGUUGCGGUUUGAGAGCAACCAGCUGGCUGCCAAUUCUCCAGUGGAGGAUCGGCAAGGGGUCGCCUCGUGCCUGCAGACACAUGGGCUGAUGUUUGGCAUCUUUGACGGGCAUGGUGGCCAUGCAUGCGCACAAGCAGUGAGUGAAAGGCUCUUCUCCUACAUGGCAGUGUCCCUGAUGUCCCAGCAGACCCUGGAGAAGAUGGAGGAUGCCAUGGAGAGCAUGAAGCCCUUGCUGCCCAUCCUGCAGUGGCUCAAGCACCCAGGAGACAGUAUCUAUAAGGAUGUCACAUCAGUUCACCUCGAUCACCUCCGGGUCUACUGGCAGGAGCUAUUGGACCUACACAUGGAAAUGGGGCUGAACACAGAGGAGGCGCUCAAGUACUCCUUCCAGAGACUAGAUUCUGACCUCUCUCUGGAAAUCCAGGCUCCCUUGGAAGAUGAGAUGGCCAGAAAUCUUUCCCUCCAGGUCGCUUUCUCUGGGGCAACAGCCUGCAUGGCCCAUGUGGAUGGAGUUCAUUUGCAUGUGGCCAAUGCAGGGGACUGCCGGGCCAUCCUUGGUGUCCAGGAGGACAAUGGCCUGUGGUCUUGUCUGCCACUCACCCAGGACCACAAUGCCUGGAAUGAAGCUGAGCUGGCACGCCUGAAACAGGAGCACCCGGAGUCAGAGCACCGGACAGUCAUCAUGGACAACAGGCUGUUGGGAGUCCUCAUGCCCUGCAGGGCCUUCGGGGAUGUGCAGCUGAAGUGGAGCAAAGAGCUGCAACGCAGUGUCCUGGAGAGGGGCUUUGACAUUGAGGCCCUCAAUAUUUACCAGUUCACCCCCUCCCACUACUAUACUCCACCCUACCUCACAGCGGAGCCAGAAGUCACAUACCACAAACUGAGACCCCAGGACAAAUUCCUGGUUCUGGCCUCCGAUGGCCUGUGGGACAUGCUAGAUAACGAGGAUGUGGUGAGACUGGUGGUAGAGCACCUGGCUGAAGCAGGUCGCCACAAACCAGACCUGGCGCAAGGACCCACUAACCUGGGGCUCAUGCAGAGCCUGCUGCUGCAGAGGAAAGCCAAGGGGCUUCACGCUGCUGACCAGAAUGCAGCCACACGCCUGAUCAGACACGCUAUCGGGAGCAACGAGUACGGGGAGCUGGAUCCCGAGCGGCUGGCAGCGAUGCUGACCUUGCCAGAGGACUUGGCCAGGAUGUACAGGGAUGAUAUCACUAUCACUGUGGUGUAUUUUAACUCAGACUCAAUCGAUACAUUUUACAAGGGGGGUUAAGAGUCUCCCAUCCUGUUGCCGAGAUUAACGUAGUACUCUUCUAAAACAUUUUCUCUUACUCUUAAAAUUGACUUUUUAGAACUUACUAAAAGGGCAGGCAGAUGUAGCUUGCUUAGUGACAGAUUAACCUGAGGAAAAAAAAAAAGACCAGCAAAAAAGACUUAAAAAUCAUUAGCAGUCACUUUAUGUUGUCUCUGUUUGGGUCACCUUUUCUAUGCAGAGAGGUCAGAGCAAGAAGCCCAUAGAACUGGCUUAGGCUCCUGGAGCCCAAGUCCUUUUACAAAGACACUCUUGUUAAACUAUCAGCUGGGCCUUCAAAGACUAAUUUUAACCAUGAUUCUGGGAAUGUGAAGAACUCCAGGGACUUUUGAGGUCUUGCUGCCAAAUCUGCAGACUUCAUCAUUUCUCAAUUUAUUAUCAAGGAUGACUACGAAAUGGGAGGUUUUUAACUUUUUGAAUUUUAAGACUUGGGUUUACAAAACAUCUAGGACACUUUCCUAUGCAAUAGGUAACUUUUUCUGGUGAUCACACUUGGGAAAACAUUUUGUAAUACUACAUUCUGGUUCUGGUUUAUUUAAAAAUGGAACCCUCACACCCCCACUCAGGACUCAUGUAAGCCUGCUUGGAAAGACUUAGCACUCAGAGUGAGAGGGGUCAGGCCUUCAGAUCUAACGAAACGUGCGGCUUUUGGGUCACUUGUCUUCCUGCCUCCUCUGAACUUUGAAGCCGUGCUAGGAGGUAACUUCAUCUGAGCCUUAACUCUGGGCCUUUUCUAUAUUCGUAGAAUUUUGUGUGUGUGUGUGUGUGUGUGUGUGUGUGUGUGUGUGUGUGUGUGUGUGUGUUUAAGUGUAUGAACUUUGUUACAGACGAGGCCUACAAUUAAUAGAAUUUCUAACAGGUUUAUUCAGAGCACUUGAUCUUUCUGGUUAUACGUCUCAAACGUUCUUCUAUCUAUUCAUUCCACCUAACACUCCUCCCUCUGAUCUGUGAAACUCCUUCACCCUGCAUUUGUUCACUAGCAGUAUUAUCUAAAAAGAAUCUUCCCAUAGUUGCAGGGAAGGAGAAAAAUGUGAAGGUAUGUGGUAGCUGGGACAGGUGUUAGGUAGAACCGCCCUAUGCAAUGAAUUGUGGGCUUAACGUUUGGUCUGAUCUGUCCAGGGGAAAACAGGAGACUUGAAAACACUCGCUGACCAAGGACCUGUCAGUAUCCUGAGAAGCAGGAGGGUAGAAGGAGGCAGAAGAUUUAGCAAAUGGGACACUUACCCUUAGACUGUGCUAUCAAUCACCUUUCUGCUCCUCAGGAGCUAUACUUACUUCAGAAGCUGAAAGAAGACUGAAAAGGUGACCUGGAAUGGUCACCGUGUUACUUGAAAAUGAAACCAUGUGAACCUCUCUGUGGGAGGUGGGAGUGAAUUUCACAUUCUCAUGAAUUGCUGUGACAUUCAUUUCAAUAACCGAAUACAUACCCCUGAGUAGCAUAAUCCCAUAAAACUGCACAGUUUUGUCUGACUGCACUACAUUUUUUGAUCCUUACCUCAUCUCCUUCCUCUUCAUGCAUCCACUGAAAGAAAAGCCAAAAGUCAGGUUUGGCCUCGUUUUGGUCCAUGUCCCUGUGAUAUCCAUUCAAGCCUUGAGCUCCUUUUAGCAGAGCACCAUUUCCCUGUACAUUUCCCUGUACUUCUUUCCUAAUAGGGCUUCAUCUAAGACGUUUUCUUCUGGGUGCUUAAUUAAGCCUUGAUCCUUUUAUCCGGAAGUCAUUAAUAUUCCUUCUGAUCCUUGAGAUCUUAGAAUGUGAACUACAUGCUGCCAUUCUGCUAGCAUGGUUUGUUGCCAGAGCUGAGGAUCGUGCUGUCUUCACCUCCUUUGUUCUUGAUGCCGCCUAAGGCCUGGCACACCUGUGCAGCACUUACGGCUUCUGAUUUGGAGCCUAGCAUGGUUGUAAAUGUAUCUGAUGAGUCGAUCUUGAGACAACUGUGAGGGCACAGAUUUCUCAGCUGUUUCACAAGCUGAUCUGUGUUUUUUUUUUCUCUGCCUGACUGAUUUCUUGCUGUCUGUGGUGUCUUGGUUGAAGAAAGGCCGGUUAAUUGUCACCUUUACCACUGUGAAUGCCGUCGGUGCUGUCCAUGAAAGCUCCACGGAGCAAUUCCCAGAUAAACCCUAGAGUAUUCU